GGGAACCGGGGGACCCCCGGGGGCGGCGGCCGCUGCUGCUGCCGGAGGGGGGACGGGCUGCGAUGAGGUUGGUCCAGAGAUGCCGGUCCCCUUCUUCCACCCUCUCCUCCUCCUCCUCCUCCCCUGGGGCGGCGGCGGGGGCGGGGGGCGGCGAGAAGCAGGGGCUGGACCCUCCUGGGAAGAACCCCUUCGUGCAUGACCUGCGCUUCACCCCGUUGCAGAAAGUCCAGAUUGCCUUCAUGACUUUGACCCUGUUUCCAAUCCGACUUUUGUUUGCUGCAUUUAUGAUGUUAUUGGCUUGGCCAUUUGCAUUUGUUGCUUCACUGGGAUCUGCUGAGAAAGAACUUGAAAAGCCCCUGGCUUUAUGGAGAAAGGUGGUGGACUUUCUGCUGAAAGCUAUCAUGCGGACAAUGUGGUUUGUUGGUGGAUUUCACUGGGUGACUGUAAAGGGCAGACAGGCCUUACCGACAGAAGCCGCAAUCCUGACUCUAGCCCCACAUUCCUCCUACUUUGAUGCCAUUCCUGUAACAAUGACCAUGUCCUCUAUCGUGAUGAAGGCAGAAAGCAGAGACAUUCCUAUUUGGGGAACUCUGAUAAAAUAUAUACGACCAGUAUUUGUAUCCCGAUCUGACCAGGAUUCUCGAAGGAAAACUGUUGAAGAAAUAAAAAAACGUGCACAGUCUAAUGGCAAAUGGCCACAGAUAAUGAUAUUCCCAGAAGGAACUUGCACUAACAGGAGCUGCCUCAUUACCUUCAAGCCUGGUGCUUUUAUUCCGGGUGUUCCUGUUCAACCUGUAGUUUUACGAUAUCCAAACAAACUGGAUACAAUUACCUGGACAUGGCAAGGACCUGGAGCGCUGAAGAUUUUAUGGCUUACCCUAUGUCAGUUUCAUAAUUUUGUGGAAAUUGAGUUUCUUCCAGUAUAUACACCUUCAGAAGAAGAAAAGAAAAAUCCAGCAUUGUAUGCAAAUAAUGUGAGACGCAUAAUGGCAAAGGCCUUGGGAGUUUCCGUAACAGAUUACACAUUUGAAGACUGCCAGCUGGCACUGGCUGAAGGACAACUUCGUCUCCCUUCAAACACCUGCCUUUUAGAAUUUGCCAAGCUUGUGAGAAGCCUUGGGUUAAAACCAGAAAAACUUGAAAAAGAUCUGGAUAGAUAUUCAGAAAGUGCUAAGAUGAAGAAUGGAGAAAAAAUUAGUCUUUCAGAAUUUGCUGCAUACAUGGAAGUCCCAGUUUCUGAUACAUUGGGUGACAUGUUUGCUCUAUUUGAUGAGGAUGAAAGUGGCAAAAUUGACUUACGGGAAUAUGUAAUUGCUUUAUCUGUAGUAUGUAGACCAUCGAAGACUUUGGAAACAAUUCAGUUGGCUUUUAAGAUGUAUGAAUCACAAGAAGAUGGGAGCAUAAAAGCAGAGGAUUUGGCUUGCAUUCUGAAGACUGCCAUAGGUGUUGCAGAGCUUAAUGUCACUGAUCUUUUUAGAGCUAUAGAUGAAGAAGAAAAGGGGAAGAUCACAUUUGCUGACUUCAGCAGGUUUGCAGAAGUGUACCCAGACUUUGCAGAAGAAUAUUUAUAUCCAGAUCAAGCAAGUUUUGAAAGCUGUGUUCAGACACCCUCAGCUCCAACCCCUAAUGGUUUCUGUACUGACUUCAGCCCUGAAAAUAUUGAAGAUGAGAGGAACCCCUUUCAGAAGAAAUUGAACUAAUGCUGAAGCAUCAUCUCCUUCUCCUGGUGAAUACGAGAAGCCCUUGCCGAGGUUCCAUUAUCAUUCCAAUAUACAUGACAAUAUAUACUCCCUGUUAUUUGUGUGAGAAUUUCCCAUUUUUCUUUCUCUCCCAUGCAAUGUAAAUUUACUCUUCAAAAUUGUCUGGAAAGAUUUGGGUUUGGGUGUUUUGUUGUUGUUGUUUCUUUGUAAGAAGUCUGUGAGAGCCAAGACUGUGAAUGUGCUACCUUCCUUCUACUGUAUGUGUAUUUGAAAAGAAGCCACAUACUUAUUUAUAUUCCAUUGUUUAAUUUCAUGUACAAAGUGUCUUAGGGAGUGUGCACGUAUAAAGAAUAAUGUAGCUGCUGUGGUCUGAAGUGCACUUUGGUGAUUAGUGUUUUUCUGUGUUUGAAGACAGUUAAAUUCAGGCUGUCUUCAGUACUGAAUUCAACAAAUUAUGCAAAAGAUGUUCUUUGGUUUAAUUUAGUUUUUGGAGGGCACAAAUUCAUCUAAAAAUCUGAUUUUUAAUUUUCAUUAAAACUUUGCAAAUGGUCCUUUAUGUUGUUGAUUCCAUGGUAGUACAAAAAGUUAGGGAGCUUUGACCCCAAGAUACUCUUUGUCUACACUUGAAAAUUUUAAUUUGUUGUGUGUGUUUUUGGAGCUACUAUAAAAGAUCUGCCACAAAUACAGAAUGUGGAGGAUGCAUUUUCUGUUUUCUCUGUGUGUCUAAAUCUGUGUGGGAGCUUGUAAAUGUUUUUAUAAUCUUCAUUUAGAUACUUCAGGAAACAUUCAACAUUUUUAUGAAAGGGAGACUUGUUUUUCUACAUUUUUUCCCCCAUAAGAAUGUGUGGGGAAUGUUUAAUUAUAGUUCUGGGUUGUUUUUUUUUUAAUAUUAUAUGUACUAAGCUCUUGUUUUGGCUCUGAUUUAAAAUUCCAAAUAGACUUCUACUGAGGCACAUUAUCCUAGCCACUUGAAGUCUAUUGACUCAUAAAGGUACUCUUAACAGUCUGGCCCCUAACCAAAAAUAUCUUAUCUGUUUCCACUAACUGUGUGUUAAGAGUCCUAUCUGGUAGAUUUUUUUUUGUAUUAACAACUUUAGGAUUCUGUUGUAAAAUGGUCUAAUUCAAUAUAGAUUAAUCUCUGAUCAAAGUAUUUGUAUACUGCUGAAAAUCUUAUCUAUAAGGCAAAAAAAUGGAAGAUAAUUUCUUUCUUAAUGAAAGGAGUUCAACAGAUUCCAGGUUAUUGUGUUAUUUUAAUUACUUUGAUAAACUGCAACAUGUUUGGAGUAGAAAAUAUCUUCUCAAACUUUUUUCUGUCAAAUUGAUUUGGCUCCUCCCCCACACCCAUAUUAAUUAUUGUUUAUGCAAACAGAUCUUUCUUAAGCUUAGGGGCUAGGCACGGGUAGAGGGAAAAUGAACUAGGAAUGUUUUUUCAUGUCUAUUCAAUCUUGCAACAGAGAGAAAUCUGUCUGUUAGCUUAAUGUCAGAACAUAGCUUGUCCUGUAGAACAGAAUAAGUAAAGUAGCAUAAAGAGUCUGGAGUUUGGUUUGCAGGCACUAGUGCAGCCUUAUGCAUUUGCCAUAUUAACUAUCCCCAUUCUAAAAUGUUGAACCUUAAGUGUCACCUGGUAAAACAGAUGUGGAAAUUCCUUUGUAUCAGGGGGGAAAAAACAGUUUUACUGGGAUAUGUGUAUAGAAAUAUAUAUAUUUUUUGAUUGUUCUCUUUGUGUCAGAGAGAUAAAAUACAAGAGUGAUGCUUCCAGGAAGUUUGGAGGACAGAAUAAUUUGGUUUCCCCUUUGAUCCUAUUUGUGGUACAUGAUUUUGCAUUUCUUUAUUGCCAGAAUUAAGCAGAAAUUCAUUCUUGAAGGCAGUAAUUGGUUACAUGUUCUAGCAUGUUUCCUAAAGUGUAUAUACACACAUACAUACAUACAUAUAUACAUAUAUGUGUGUAUAUAUAUGUGUGUGUGUGUGUGUAUGCCUCUGGACUUAUUUGAAAUAUUGUAACUAUUUUCAUUUAUAAACAGAACUGGAUUUUUUAUCUUAGGCAUCUCUUCACAAAAUGAAUGUCAUAGCCAGGAAAAUAGACCAAAAGUCUCGUUUUCAUUAAGGGUCUUUAAGUUAGAUGGUUUUUUUUUUUUCUUUCUACCAGUGAGGAUUUUGAGAACUUUAAAAUUUUCAGUCCUAUUUAGGUGAUCAGUUAAAUUUUUUUGCUGAAUUUUGCUAAUUUGUGUAUAAGAAUGUAGAUUUCUAUUUUUUAUCCAGAUCAAGGGUGAAAUAAGUCUACUAGAAUGAAUUUCAGAGCCUCAUAGGAUAUACUGGACACAAAACAACUCAGAUGUGGACUGAGUAGCUAAAAGUUACUAGUAGGUAUUUUAUAUAGUGAAUAAACAUUCAUUGUGUCCUUUUAAAGAGAGAAAGAUCCAAUGUUCAAAUAUGAUAUUUUUUAAAUGGUAAAUGAAAGAGGUUAAUAGAAUUGAGAUCCUGAGAGAAAGGGACCAAAAAAAAAAAAGCCCAAUUCUGAAGUUGCCUCAAUUCUUUCAGGUCUGUAUAUGAAGUGAUUUUUGUAUGAUAUAUGCCAUUGGGCAUUUUCAGAAAAAAAAAUCUCUGAUCCACAGACUUGUACAGAAUGUUUGUACCUCCUGAUUCUGUAUUUCUUACAUAAUAACGCUAAAUAGUUCAUGUGCAUUCAGAACUGUGAAUGUAGAUAAUCUUAUGAUAAAUAACUGUUUUUGUCAGGUCGGGGAGAAAGAAGAGCUUUAAUACUUUUUAUGCUACCAUGGUUUUGAAAACCAGGAUUAGCAGGCAUGAGACAGCUGUUGAAGCCUGUGAAUGUAUAUGUUGGGAGGGUGGGGAGUAAACGGGAACAGUCACAUCCAUUUUGUCAUUGUCUACCAUAAAAAUAAUUUUGAAUUUUAAAUGUUAAAGAAAUAAAAUGUAAGAAUCUUAUAUACUUAAGCAUAUAUUUUGUUACAUGUUGUCUUUUAUUGUAAAGAUCAAACUAGAUAUUUCAUAUAUUUUGGAGGGCAAAUUUAACCAAAGUUAAUGUUUACGGUAGUACUUUUCUAGGUAAGAAACAUUUUACAAAAAAAAAUUAUAUGUAUAUGGCUUAAAUCUCAUGAGGGAAAAGGAAUACCAUAGAAAGAUUCUAUUUAGGACCCUUUUUUAAAGCUACUGUGUAUCUAGGAUAUAUUGAGAGUUCAAACCAUGGUUCCUGUUUGUCAGCCUCUUGUACCAUAUUAGUGUUUUGUUUACAUUAAACAAUCUAAUCAGGAUAGUGUAUAAAUCCUACAUCUGAUGCCCCUUAUAAAAUUAUAAAUGUUGAAGAAAUAGAAAUACUUAAAUCUUCCUAUAAUGUCUUCUAAUAACCAGAGCCAUACAUAUGCUAGCUUUUAACAAUAUGCCAUUAUCUUCAACAAUGUAGCUCUAUAAUUUUUUUCUGAGAUAUUGACUAAGGCUCUGAGUUUAAUUUUUUGUAAUUCUUUAUUUCUCUCCAGGUUCAUCAGAAAGAUCUCUAGUUUAAUCAUAGAUAAAUGAUUUUUUAAAAAUAAUUAAACAGCUCUGUUCCCAUCUUUAUUUCUGGAGGGCAUGAACUGACUAUCUCCUAAGUACCAUAGGGAGAUGAGCACCCUAUAGCCCAAUACCUCUUAGCCUCCUAUGUCUUCUACCAAUAGGACCAAUGCCCUGCUCACUGAAGGGAGGGGUUCACUGAAGGUUCAGGCCCCCACAGCAAGGUGCUCUCCAUAUGGGCUGAUCCACAAGGAAAACUCAAUAUUCUCCUUGCAGGAAGCACAGGCUUUUCAGACCCACAGUAAUAAAGCUAUUGGAUGGCAGUGUUGUCUAAAUGGUGCUGUGAUGGCUUCCCCUUUCUCCAACCAUGGUCUCUGAUUUUUGCUGUAUCCGUGCUGAAAAGCUGAGUGUGGCAUUCCAUCAUUUUCCCCUCAUCCCCCAUUCCUUUAAGGUACACAAAAGCACUAAACUCUCUUGGGACUGACUACUCACCCUAUAGCCAGGAAGGAGUCUGGUCUCAAACAAGAGUACAUCAUUCCCCCACCCCAGAAAAAAAAAUGAUUUAGAUUUACUUUUAGGUUGAAAUAAUCUUAAUAUUCAACAACGUUUGAAACAGGACUCCUGAAGACUCUAUGACUCUCUGCACCUAACACAUGGGUCAUAUUUUAAACCAAUAUCAGAUGCUAUACCUUCUGAGGCAGGAUGGCACAAUAGAUAGAGUUCUGACCUCAAAGCCAGUGAAGACCUGUGACCUGGCUGACUGUGUGACCAUUGAGAAGUCACCCUCACAGUGCUCUAGGCAACCCACUAAGACCAUAAGUUAUAGAAAAGAAUAAGUUGUAUCUCUAUUGGUAGAGGGAAUUCCUCAUCUAGGAAUUCCCUAUAUCAAUGAAAUUAUGUAUAUCUAGGCCCUCUCCCUUCCUGAAGCACUGAUGUUCUUUCACGUUAUUAAAAUUGAAACCUUUCUCCUUUUCCUUCAUUUAUAUGAGGUAAUUCCAUCCUGUCAGAGAAAAGAUGUUGGAUGCCCCCACCAAUUCCAGUUUUCUUCCUAAGAAAAAUCAUCUUUAUUGAAAGAAAUGAAGAAGCCACCCAACACAGAUGGUCCUUACACUAAGUACCAUUACAAAGUAGGGUUCUAUAUAGCAAAACUAUAUUGUGCUAAACAGUACCCUGUAAAUAUUAUUUAAAAGAGUUCCAUAUUUUGUAAAUAAUGAUGCUUUCUGACAAAUAUUCUCUGGCCAUUCUUAUGUAACAAUAAUGCUUUCUAAUGAAAAUCCCUAAUGGUUUACUAUGUGUACCGCAGGCAUCAAUGGAGAAAGAAGAGUUGAAUUAAGCCAUACCUGAACUCUUUGUAGUUUUCUUGACAUCAAAUACAUAAGCUUGUUGGAGGCAGGAACUGUUCAAUUUUUUUUCUUUGUACCCCAAGUGCCUGUCAUGCAUUAGGCACUUAAUAAAUGCUUUUUCAUUGACUUCCCCUCAUCCCUUUACAACUCAGACAUGUCCAUUCUAUGCUUUAUUUCUCUCCAUAUCCCCCUCAAAAGAAACCACUCACUUAGACAAGACACCAUUCAGAAUGAUCUUUGUGUUAAUAGAGAAAGUCCAGGAGUUUUGUGCAUGACACCUGCCUCUGAUUAAUAUUUCCUGGGUCUAAAGCAUUUUUCUAAUAUGCUAAUUCACUAAAGGGGGCAGGAGAGAUUUACACUAAAGCCCUGUGUCCUCAAGGUACCCUAGGCCAGGAAUGUGAUUUAUAGCAACAUAAUACUUUAAAAAAAAAACUUCAAAAUAAUUCAGUGGACUCAUCAAGUCUUAUGUAUGAUAGGCAUAUGCAGAGUACUAUUAAUCUGAAGCUCUUUGUUUUUCUGAAUGUCUUUUAUCGUGAUAUAGUUGAUAUUCCUUAGAACAGAUGCAUCUCCCAAUAGCAUACAUGUUCCAGGUACGUAAGCGCAGACCUUGCACUAAGUCAAAUCAUAUUUCGUAAUUACCUAAAAAGAAAAAAAUGACUAUAGCAUAUUGAUGGUGAGAGUUUUGACCAUAUGUGAAUCCUUCACCUCCAUUCUUCCACUCCAAUGAUAUUUAAUUGUUUUUGGGGCUUAAAAAAAAACCCUUGGUUUUAUGGUUUAUAGUAAGUUGUAUGGAAAAAGCACAUCCAUUGGAAACUUUGAACAUUUUAUAUGUUUUCUCAAGUUUUUAAAUAGUCCAAGUCUAACUGUAUCUCAUAUGAUAUAAUAAUAUUCAGUAAAAAAAAAAAUUCUUAAAGGAAUACCUCAAUUUGAGAACUUUUUCUUGUUAAUUGUAGAAUUAUGCCUUGUUUUGAUAGUGACUGUAAAAUACUAUGGACUACCCUGAGCCAAACAACAAUAGAGUUACCUAAUUUCAAAUCAUGCUUUGAGAGGGAUGCCGACUUCCUUAAAGGUAAUAGAUGUGUGUCAGUAUUUGUUAUUUCAAGGGGUUCCUUAAAGUCUUAAUGUGCACUAUGGAAUCACUGCUCAUUCUGCACAAUUGGACAUUUUUUUCUUGUGAUUGGCUUAUUGUAAGUUGACUUUUCAGUGUAAAGUCAAAUAAAAUAAGUAGCUGUUAA